AUGCAGCCCACAGGCUACAAAGCAAAGAUGCAAGCAACCGAAACAUACCAUGUCAUGCAACAUGCAGCCAGAUGUCGGCUAAUGCAGAAGCAGCUGCAUGCGCUCCAAGAUGCUCUGCGCGGUUUCCGAGACCGGUCCCUGCAGCUGACCUACGAUCCAGUGGCAUUGAUGCGCCGAUUUCAGAAGACACUCUCCUACAACGAGUUGCAGAAGCUGUCUCGCGGAUGGCUCUGGAUCGACUUUUUGAGUAUCCCUCAGCGCUGUGCCUGCGAGACCGACGAGGACCGGCAGCAACAGCAGGAGCAGCUGCGGGAGGCCAUCGAAAGCUUGCAUACGUAUGUGGCCCAUAGCUCCUAUUUCCUCAUCCUCGCGCCGGUGCAGCAUCAUGAGCAGGGCCGGCUCAUGGACUACAGCUCGUGGAAGUCACGUGGCUGGUGUCAGUUCGAGUUCACGGUGAACGUUAUCAUGGGUGCCAAACCUGUCUUUCUGGUUCAGGGCCUGCGUGCUGUGAAGAAGGUGUCGUCUCGGAUUUUCCUGCACUUUGCCCCCUGCCUGGCUCAGUUUACCAACGAGGAAGACAAGAGCUUCAUCUCGAACGCGCUGGAAGAGGUGAUCGAUGCACAAGUCUACAGGCUGCGCGCCGCAGGGGAAGUGCACCGGCUGCAGAUGUUGGAGUGUGUGCGGGCGCUGUUGACGCGCCGGGCGCCUGACCUGACGUUGUUCAAGAGGCUAAGUCGGACGGGCAGCUUGGCCUACAUGGCCAAGGCCGCCAAGAGCGUACAAUAUACAGGCUGGACUCACCUGCACUACGCCACUGCACGGAGUGACCGCGAUGCCGUCGCACGACUCCUUGCCAUCUGCGAAAGGGCCGACGCGCAGACAGCCCAAGCAGACAUGGACCUUUUCCUCGGACCCAAGCUGCAGCCUCUUCACAUGUGGGCAGCAUUUUCCUUCAACGAGGAUAUUGCCUCGCUGUUGUUGCAGGCUUCGGUCAUGGUCGACUGUCGCGGCUCUGGGGGCCUCACCCCCCUAAUGCUCAGCUGCAGGUUUGGCAACACCAUUGCUUGCAAGACCUUGCUGGACAUGAUGGCGGAUGCGAACGCACAGGAUCAGAUGGGCUGCAGGCCUUUGGUCUUCGCUUUGGCGAACGAUGCCGAAGAUUUGGUCGCACCUCUCUUGGAUGCCGGUGCAGAUCCGCGCCGGGGCUGGGCCGGGUUGAGUCCGCUUCACUUCCUGGCCCUGACAAGCUCUGCCACCUAG